AUGGCACGCAAUGUACUCAAGCGGGCGCUGUUCGCCACCCUCGCCUGUAGCGCCAUCACGGUCCUCGCCGCGCAGCACAGCAAGCAGGAUGCUAUCCAGGUCUUGAACUCUAUCGACCAAGUCCCCGGUGUUCUGAUCACGGUGCCGCCUCAGCAGCAUCCCGCCGCUCGGGCGGCGACUGGUAAGCCUGCCAUCGGCGCCGUCUACCAGCAGCCCCUGCUUGCCAACGUGCCCGCGCCAGGACAGGCUUGGCCCUUGACCGCCAACCCACGCUCCGCCUCCGCUCUGCUCGGCGCUCUUCACCGCAAGGCUGCAGCGGCUGCUGCUGAUCCCGCCAAUCCCAGCGGCGCAAACUCGGCCGGCCUGCCCCAGGGCUACGAGAAUAUCACAGCCGAGCAUGGCCUGAAGUACUCCAUCCCUGUCUCUAUCGACAACGUAACCCUCAAUCUACUCGUCGACACUGGCAGUGCGGACCUGUGGGCUGUUGCCCAUGAUGCCCAAUGCCUCAACUCUUAUGGUUGGGACGUCAACUUUACCGACUGCCAGUUCAACUCGACCUUCCCCAAGGGCCGCACCUUCAGCUAUGGCCCCAUCACCAGGGAGCACAUGUUUGUGAAACUCCCCAACGGCGAGAUGGCGUCGGGGGCGGUGGGCUACUCGGACGUCCAAGUGGGCGGCAUUGCGGUUGUCAAGCAGCAGAUCGCACUGGCCAACCGCACAUACUGGAACGCCAACAACGACACGAGUGGCGUCAUUGGCCUAGGCUACCCGACCAUAAGCCAUUUCUACAGAGACAACGAAACUGCCUGGACUCACCGCGUCAGGUACCCGACUCUAUUUACGAGCAUGAUUGACCAAGGGCUUGUCGAGAAGCCUAUGUUUGGUAUCGCCCUGGGACGAAAUGGUACCGCUGGUGUUAUUUCAUGGGGAGGCAUGCCCGACGUCCCUGGUCUGAAAUCCGCCAGCCAGUCCACUGUUCCGGUCCUUAUUACGCAACUUGACUACGACCCUUUUACGGCUGACCACGUAUCGUUCUACACGAUCGUCCCUGAUGGCUUUAAUUACGGGACGACCAAGGAUGCCGCCAGUCACCCCUACAUCAUUGACACAGGCUCUCCCGUCAGCUACCUACCGCCUCGUCUUUCGGAAGCCAUCAACAAGGCCUUCGUGCCCACAGCCGACUACAAUUGGGAGUAUGGCCGCUACUACACCACAUGCGACGCCACAUCGCCAUCGUUCUCUGUCGUUAUCGGUGGCACCGCCUUCCUCGUCAACCCGGCCGACAUGAUGAUCCGCGACUCACCCAACGCGCACACCGGUCUUUGCGCAACCACCAUCUCGAGGGGAGGCCAAGGCCCUUACAUCUUGGGGGCUGCCUUCCUGAACAACGUCGCCGUUGGCUUCGAGGUCCAGGCCGCCGAGCUCACGUUCAUCUCGAGGCCGUUCUACUAGCUUGACGGACGAUGCAACGCCUUGCAGAGGGGCUCGUGAUAUCUCAUGGAAUAACUGCGCGUACCUGUUUUUUUGUGCGAUCUUUACUGCUUUCUCUCUUCAUUCUCGUGGGAUUUCUACUCAAGAUGAUCU